ACAUGUCCGUAAAUAUGCAAACAUUCAAUUUUAUUUAUAUAAAAUCAAAACUAUUUCACAUAGCACACGCUAUUUCACUUUCCCUUUAUAAAUCCCAAUGACGACUACACAGCUGGCGUCAUCGCGACUGGGAGAGCAACGCACCCCAGUUGUACCGCGUGGAGACUCCGUAUGAAUUCCCUAGUGCAGAAGGCUACCGGGUGUUUCUCACAUAUGCAAUAGCUCGUAGGUGCAAAGGUACUCGGCUUCAACGGAUUGCAAGUAUUGUCAUAUUUUAUCACAUUUUCUUUUGCAAUAAUGGCGGUAUCCAGUGCAACUGUAUCGAGAAUGUGCGUCACGGUUCUCUUUGUAUUCAGCGCGAUGUGGGGACUUGCUUUGUCCAUCAGCCGCUACUCUAUUCCGGAGGAAAUGCAGGAAGGUUCCGUGGUUGCAAACCUUGCAACAGAUUUGGGACUCGACGUUCGCGCUCUGGUAACACGCAAGGCAAAGCUUGACAUCAUCCAUAGUAAGAAAUAUCUGGACAUUAACAAAGAAACGGGGGAGCUGUUCAUACUAGAAAAAAUAGACAGGGAAUACAUAUGCUCGAGCAAGACAACGUCUUGUUUUCUUAAAAUGGAUGUCAUAUUUGAAAAUCCCAUUCGUAUUUUUAACAUUGAGCUUGAAAUCAUGGACAUAAAUGACAAUGCGCCUGUAUUUCGUAGGGAGACCAUGCAUUUGGACAUUUCCGAAUCUACCGCUCCAGGAGAGAGAUUCUCUUUGACAAAUGCUGUGGAUGCAGAUGUUGGUGCGAAUUCUAUUAAGACUUACUAUUUGAGCACAAGCAAGUCUUUUACAAUUGACAUACAGACGGGAAGCGAUGGCUCUAAAUAUGUUGAUUUGGUUCUCAAUAGAAAUUUAGACCGGGAGGAACAAGCUCUUCAUAAUUUAAUACUCACUGCUGUAGACGGCGGUGUCCCUGCGCGCUCUGGCACUGCCAGUAUCAUCGUUAGAGUUCUGGAUAUCAAUGACAACGCCCCCCUUUUUAACCAGCCGGUAUAUGCUAUUAAUGUAACUGAGAACUCCCCUAUUGGAACCCUAGUAAUGACGUUGAACGCCACGGACUUGGACGAGGGCACCAACGCAGAUAUUAUAUAUUCAUACACGUUAUAUACAUCUGAGAAGACUCAAGAAAAGUUCUCUCUAAAUUCGAAUACAGGUGAAGUAAGGGUGAAGGAUGUGAUUGAUUUUGAGGAGAGUCACAGUUUCGAUAUAUAUAUUCAGGCAAGAGACCAAGGAUCUAAUUCGUUAUCUGGGGAUUGUAAAAUAAUGAUUUUUAUUACUGAUCUGAAUGACAACCAUCCAGAGGUUACCAUAAAAUCUUUUAAAAGCACUGUAAAAGAAGAUGUUGCCAUAGGGACAUUACUAGCAGUGAUUAGUAUAAGCGACCGGGACUCUGGGGUCAAUGGUGAAGUUGAACUAACUUUAAACAAACAAGCAUCACUACCCUUUGUUCUCAACAAGUCUUCAACAGAUUACAUUGCUCUGCUUGUGUCAGAACCACUGGACCGUGAGAAAAUCCCAAGAUAUGACAUCACUUUCAUAGUCACAGACAAGGGAACACCUUGCUUAUCUGACAAUGAGACAAUUACCCUGGAGAUAUUGGAUGUCAACGAUAAUUCACCAAUAUUCCCCCAGUCAUUCUACACAAUCCAUGUUUUGGAAAACAACGUUCCUGGUGCACUGUUAACAUCACUCAGUGCGUUUGACCCUGACCUCCACGAGAACCAGUAUCUGGUUUAUUUCAUUAUGGAGAAGGAAAUCCUCAACACUUCAAUGUCCAUGCUUUUUUCCAUUAAUCCAGAAAACGGCAACCUUUACGCCCUGAAGACCUUUGACUUUGAAAGGGAGAAGGAGUUCCUUUUCCACAUAGAGGCCAGAGAUUCAGGGAUUCCUCCGCUCAGCAGCAAUGUGACAGUUCACAUCAUAAUCCUUGACCAGAAUGACAACACUCCACUCAUAGUGUCACCUUGGCGAGCACAGGGUUCGGUCAUUGAGGAGGUGAUCCCCAGGUCCAUUGAUAAAGGGUUCCUGGUUGUCAAGGUGAUUGCCAUUGACGCUGACUCUUUACAGAACUCGCGGGUCACCUAUCAGCUUCUGCAGGUCAGUGACUCCUCCCUGUUCAGCCUAGACCAGUACAAUGGGGAGAUCCGGACCUCGAGAAUGUUCAGCUACAGAGACCCCCGCCAACAGAGACUGGUUGUUGUCGCCAAAGACAAUGGGGACCCUGCACUUUCUGCCACCGUCACCAUAAAGAUAUCAACGAUAGAACGCAUGGUGGCGCCGUUCUCGGAGACAACUGAGGUGCCUUUGGAAUAUGACUUUUUCACAGACUUGAAUCUGUAUUUGGUCAUCGGCCUGGGCUCAGUGUCUUUUCUCCUGUUGAUCACUAUAUUGGUGGUCAUUGUGCUGAAGUGUCAGACACCCAAGCCGAAUAAGAUGCCUCCUGCUUUGAAUAUGAAUUUGAAUAGUCUGAACAGGAACAGUGUGAUUAGCAGAAACAGCGUGAUCAGCCAGAGGAGCUCCACUAUAGCCGAUUCCACCCUCAUCUCCAGUGAUGCCUACUGGUACAGUCUGUUUCUAGCAGAGACCAGAAAAGGCAAGGUGGUGGUCAGACAGCCUGUAAUACCCAAGGGAACAGGCUACUUUGUGUCAAGCAUACCCAGAAGCACAGGGCCGACAGAGACCAGCGACUCCAGAGCUUCCACUUUACAGUACUCAAAAUGAAAGGAAGUCCAUUCUUCAGCUGGAGGAUUCCAGGGCUAGCAGUGACUUGCCGUGAUGUCCUCAAUCUGGGGGUCUAUGUGGCUGCAGAUCGAUCGAACAAGAUACAAGUGACACAAACACCCGUCCUUCAAAUAAUGGGAUGAAAAAGUUACCUCCAGGGGCAGCUCCUCAAACCCUCUGCCCAAAUACACCUCAGCAACUGUAGACUACCUUUAUCAUCUAACCAUCAAGCAUGAAUCUGCAUGGCUACAUCAACAGGUACUUGUAUUUAGAACAUAUCAUAAAGAGGAAAGGAACUUCAAACAUUUGGUCUUUCAGAGGUACAUUUCAACUGAUGUCUUUAUGCAAUCCUACCAAACCCCUCCAGGAAACACAUGAUUCAGAUGGGAUGUUCUAUGGUGUCCUUGUGAGGGUUCCUGAUGGUGAUGUCAUAAUACAUUAUUGGGAUGUGUGAGCGCGAGAGGUCACAAUAAAAAAUAAAUGAACAGUACAGUAUCAGAUAUGAAUGUUGCCAAUGCCUUCCAUAACCCAGUUCUCCAGAGAAAUAACUAUCUUUGAUCAUCUGUGAAUCUGUAUUGUGCAUAGGUAAGAACUUUUUUUUUUGUGAUAACACUAAUACCAUUUGGCUUCCCAGGUCUUGCCAUUGUUUUGAAUGUGUUGAAUUUUCUUAAUGACUUUGAACAACAACAUAUAGUACAGCAUUAUUGAUUUCCUAAGACAUGGUAUGGAAUGUGCAUGUUGAUUUGGUAUUUCUAAAACACAUCAAGAGUUAGUACCUGUCAUCUAAUAAGCCAGGUAGACGAGAAGAAGUAUUUCAUGUUGCUUCACUUUACUUUGCAGGCAGAGUUAAUAUAUGCUCACGGUUCAAAUAUUCAUGAGCACAUUUGACAGUUGCUCUAUAUUUAGUUCAUUUUGAUGAGAAAUAUGUCCUGCUCACCAUAACGAGAUAAAGCACACACCACAGUCCACGUUAAGCAGGAGAAUUAUCUCAGAGGGAAAACUCAGGACAGAAACACCAGUGUUUAGUUCCUGCCUGAACAAUACGUAGCAAUAUACGAGGGUCAACCUAGAAUACCCGUUGCACUGAAGAGGUUCACUUUUAAACAACUUAGCAUUCUGUAUGUCCAACUUACUUGCAGAGGCCUCUGCCAGGUUCUGAUUACCCCAUCCCACAUUCCCAGUGUCCCUGCACUGUGGCCAAGCCCCAGAGAAUCAGCUACAGGAGAAAUCAGUGUAUGACAGGAGGCUUAGAAGGACAAAUCAUGUAUUUUAAUGAGAAAUGUUACUACAUUAAAUUAAAAAGAGGAAGCUUAUUGUUGUAUAUUCAAAUGUAUUGUAUGUUUGGCACGGUGCAAUACAAUACUUUGAUCGUGUUUUGACAUUUUACAAUGUUUUAUGACUUUUAAUGGAUAUUUUUGAUCUAACAAUUCUUAACGCUUCAUUUAUUUGACUUAUGCAUUGUGUAACCUGUUGUAUGAUAUUGUCACGCAAUACAUCAUUCACAUGGUUUACAGUGUACAGAGAGACCUUCUACAUUAUUUUAGGACAUUUGAAUGGUGCUCCACUGCUCAAAUUGUAGCCAACAUAACAUUUUUGAUGUAUCAAAGUGUUAUGACAUAAAAAGGAGCUCUUCCAGAAGUUAAGAUUAGGUAGUGUGUCAAUUAAAAAGGAGAAGCUGGCACUGACAGCUCUGUGCAGCUUCCCAACAUGGAGGGAAAGGCCCCAGAAAGAGAGGCACUUUGAGACGGUGCUGAUACCAUACUGUUCUUUAGACACUGGUGAAUGACCCUACACUCAAGAUUCAUCCAAUCUCUUGGACAUGAAAUACUCAACCUGAACACUACUGUAUGUAUAUCUCUAUAAUACACAGUGGUAACAUGGGAGAACACUGCAGCUCAACUCAAGUUCAAAGUUUCUAAUCUCUUCCAUUCCCCUCACUGACGAUGGUACCUGUGUGUCCGUGUGUGUGUGUGUGUGUGUGUGUGUGUGUGUGUCCCCUCUGCCUGUAGGGAGGAGGCCUAAGCCUGCUAUGAAGGCGAGUUUGUUCUGUAUUCGUGUUGCAGGGAACAUCAAACUAAAUGCAGUCCGCAUGGGAUCUUUCUGGGUCUCACGCAUUCCACCAGUACAUGUGACCCAAGGUGCGUUAGAUAAUGGUGCUUAAUCCUGAUUCAAGUCAUGAUUAUUGCCAGAGAUAAGAUGCCAGCUGGAUGACCUUUGACCCUGGGCAUUUGGAGGGAAUCUUUUAAGCAGCCUGUGGCUGGGAUAGCUGGUUCUGAAACCUGUGACCUCAAGCUCUACUUUGACAGAUGUUCUGUAAAAACCAGUGGAAGGUUUUAAACAUGUAUAAGCAUAACUACUUUGUACUUUGUGUUGUUUUAAAAAAAAAAAUAAUGCAUUCUUUUUAUAUAUACUGUGUCUCUACACUUGAUGGGACAUGAGAGUAUUAGUGCUGCUUGUUUUCAGUAUCAUGCAGGUGUGUCUCUCUCUAUAGAAUAGCAACACUGCCUAUUUCAUUUAAAUUGUUCGUUUUUGGUUUUCCAGUUUACUGUAUCUGCCUGCCUUCCAGGAGGGCUUUGUAUGUAAUGGUGAGUGAGGUGGGACACAACCCAAAACCUUGUUUGGCUGAUGAGAGUUAAAAGGUGUGUGGGAGAGAAUGGCUCUGCUGACAUUUUGUAUUCAAAAUCAGUUUGGAUGUUGUUUCUGUUGCAUAAAUGUCCUGCUUGUAGCGGAUGUGAAUAAAGCUUUAAGAUUUAUGCUUC